AUGGCGCCUCCAAAAACAGCCGUCCCCGCAGCGGCGCAGCCCAAAUUCUCGAAUUACUUCGAUGCAUGGAAUUCGUCUUCGACGGGGCAUCAGAGGGCCGAGAACAAGAUCGCCGCCUCCGCAGGAUGGCGACAAUCCCGAUCCAUGAAGCUAUCGCACCAGUUCCAGAGUGGCGGCACGGGGGGGAAACGCAUCUCGGAUGCGGUGGGCGCUGGGUCUGAAGACUGGGAUGAGAAGGCAAAGGCGCUGAUCCCGAAAGAUGUCAGGGCGAGGGCCGAGCUCAGCGUGGCCGACAUGCUGGUUGGGAAGCGAAGACCCCUGCCAUUGAGUAACGAGGAGAAGUUGAUGCAGGAGAGAAAGAGGGAGGAUAAGUUGAAAGAAGAGGAGAAACAAAAUCGACGGAAGGGCAUUUUUGAUGGGCUGGUGAUCUAUAUCAAUGGCAGCACUCACCCGUUGGUCUCGGAUCACAAACUGAAGCAACUCCUCGCCGAGAACGGUGCGAAAUUGUCGAUUCACCUAGGAAGGAGGCAGGUCACGCAUGUGAUCUUGGGAAAACCUUCUGGGCCCGGUGUAGGAGCCGGCGGUGGGUUAGCAGGAGGUAAGCUCGAGAAAGAAAUCAAGAGGAUAGGGGGUUGUGGAGUGAAGUACGUCGGCGUGGAGUGGGUCCUCGAAAGCCUGAAGGCUGGUAAGAGACUGCAAGAAACCCCUUUUGCAAAUCUCAAAGUCGCAGCAAAGGGGCAGCAGAGCGUGUACGACAUGUUCAAGAAAACCAGCAAAUCAGGAUCUGGUGCAGGGUAG